AUGACGACCGAUCCGGCGUCCGUCUCGCUCGCCCGCGACACGCUAACGGGCGGCCUGCGCGACCUCGACAUCGCCGACGGCCCAUCCGAAUCGCCGCAGUCGAGCUCGAACUCGAACUCGAACUCGACGCUGUCCGGGCGCGGCCGCCAGAAUGCGUCGUUCAUCAACGAAAAGGUCGAGGCCAUUUUUGAGCUGAUGCGCGACCUCUUUGACCCGGAGACCAACCCCAACGGCAUCGUCAACCUCGGCGUAGCCGACAACGCCCUCUGUCGCAACGAGCUGCUCCAGCUCACCUACGCCGACCGGAUGACGGCAUCGUCGCGCCUCUUCAAGGCCAUCGCCGGUCUCUUCAACACAAAGACGCCAGACUAUCCGGAGUCGAACCGAUCGCCGCUGCCGCUCCUCGGCGUCGAGCCGGAGCACAUCGCCAUCGGCUCGGGCGCCACGGGCAUCCUCGACCAGCUCUUCUGGGCCCUCUGCGACCACGGCGACGGCGUCCUCCUCAGCACGCCCUACUACAACGCCUUUGACAACGACCUCACCUCGCGCGCCGGCGCCGUCAUCGUGCCCGUCGCCGUGCCCGUCCCCAAGCCCAGGCACGGCGACGGCAAGAGCGAGAGCGAGAGCGAGAGCGGCAGCGUGCUCGACACGAGCGAAAUGGUCGCCGCCGACACGGUGCGCCUCUACGAGGACGCGCUCCUCGAUGCCCAGAGCCGCGGCACGAGGGUCAAGGUGCUCCUCUUCUGCAACCCGCACAACCCCAGCGGGGCCAUUGCGCCGAGGCAGACCGUCGUCGGCCUCGCCCGGCUGGCGGCAAAGCACAAGCUCCACUUUGUCUGCGACGAGAUCUACGCGAGGUCGUGCUUCGCGACGCCCCACACGCCCCAUCCGCCCACGUUCCACUCGGUCCUCUCGAUCGACGUGCGCGCCGAGGCCGGCUUGGACCCGGCCUACGUCCACGUCGUCACGUCGGCGAGCAAGGACUUCGGCAUCAACGGCUUCCGCCUGGGCCUACUCGUCUCGCAGCACAACCGCGAGCUGCACCGCGCCAUGACGGCCCUCGGCCUCCUCGCCCAGUCGGCCGCGCCCGCCGCCGCCCUGUGGCGCACCUGGCUCGAGGACCACGACUUCCUCGCGUGGUACCUCGAGGAGAACCGGCGGCGCAUGGCCAAGGCCUACGCCUACGUCACCGACUGGCUCGAGCACUACGGCAUCCCCUAUGCCGACGCCAACAGCGGCCACUUCUUCCUCGCCGACUUUACCCGCUUCCUAGGCGGCGGCGGCGGCGGCGGCGGCGGCGGCGGCGACAGUGCGGGGCAGCCUGCCGCUGACCAGGCCAGCGAACGGGAGCAGCGGGACAGGGAGGGCGAGCUGGUGGGCCGGAUGCUCAAGCAGCGCGUCUUUGUGGCGCCGGGAAGCCAAUACCACCACCCGAGCCCGGGCUGGUUCCGGGUGACGUUCACCCAGGACCCGCGGGCGCUGCGGGCGGGCCUGCAGCGGCUGGCCCGGGUGUUUGGCCUCGACGAUGGCUUCGAAGACGGGCGGGAGCUGCUAGACCUCGAGCACGGAGGCAAGCCCAGCCCGCUCGACGCGGACGCGCACAAGGUCAAGGACAAGGGAGUGAGUCCUGCGGCGUCUCGCCACCCAAUCGUCGCCCGGGACGCGUGGGGCAACGACAAGGACGGGAUGAUGCCGCUCCCCGCCGCCAACUCACCCUCGUCGUCGGACGCCCCGCUACACGUUCCCAGGUCCUUGACGAGUGCAACUAGCGCCGCGCCCGGAGAUCUGUGCGUCACGCUGCUGGGCGUGGCGGCCUUCUUUGCCCCCUUCUUCCUCAUCGACAGCAGCAUGCCGCUCGCGGCCGGUACGGGCACGUUCGGCCUCGUGGCCACCUGGGCCUGUGGCCUCCUCGUCCUGAAGAGGAGGAACAGGGCCAAGGCACACGCUUCGCAGCUCAGCAGCGUGCGCAGCGAUCUGGCAGAGGCGUAG